UAAUGAGCUUGCUGGGGGCCUACAAGAAAAAGACCAGUUACGAUGGCUAUGAAUCUUUGCAGUUGGUCGAUAGCGGCGGAGACAGCUUCAGUGUCGGCAGGGGGAGCAGCAGCAGCGGCGGCGGCACACUCGCAGGCUCCAUAGCGGCCACCCUUGGACCGAAGGCAGGCCCGCUGAGAGAGGAGGACUGCAGCACCAUGGACAGCUCAGAUAUGGAUGCCAAUUAUGGUGGAGGGUUGUUGGAUAUGGUGAAGGGAGGAGCUGGGAAAUUCUUCAGCAACUUCAAGGACAACUUAAAGGACACGCUGAAAGACACCUCCACUAAGGUCAUGCGUGAGGUUGCCACGUACACCAAAGGGGAGCUGGACAUUGCCUACAUCACAUCACGGAUCAUAGUGAUGACCUACCCAGCGGAGUCGGUGCAGAUUGGCUACCAGAACCACGUAGAGGACAUUCGUUCAUUCCUUGACAGCCGCCACGCCGACCACUACACUGUCUUCAAUCUAUCACAGCGCAACUACCGUGGCGCCAAAUUCUCCAACAGGGUUUCAGAGUGUAACUGGCCCUCUCGCCAGGCUCCCAGCCUCCACAACUUGUUCGCCGUGUGUAAGAACAUGCACAACUGGCUCAAACAGAAUCCCAAGAAUGUGUGUGUCAUCACCUGCUCGGAUGGACGUGCUCCCUCUGGUGUUUUGGUUUGUGCCAUGUUCUGCUUCUGCCACCUCUUCAACAACCCGGUUCCUGCCAUGCAGCUGCUCAGCGCCAAGAGACCAGGUUCCGGCCUCUGGCCCUCACAUCGCAGGUACAUAGGUUAUGUGUGUAGCAUGGUAUCAGAGAAGCCCAGUCUACCCCACUCUAAGCCCUUGAUGAUCAAGGGACUCACCAUGAGUCCGGUCCCCUGCUUCAACAAGCAGCGCAGUGGCUGUCGGCCCUUCUGCGACGUUCUAAUCGGGGAGACAAAGAUCUUCACAACUGCACAGGAGUACGAGAGGAUGAGAGAGCACAGGGUCCAAGAGGGUAAGGUAGUUUUCCCUCUGGGUGUGAGUGUGCAAGGAGACGUGGUCGUUUCAGUCUAUCACAUGAGGUCAACCAUUGGAGGACGUCUGCAGGCUAAGGUGUCCAACACCCAGAUCUUCCAGAUCCAGUUCCAUACUGGUUUCAUUGCUCCUGGCACCACCAUGUUAAAGUUUAACAAACCUGAGCUGGAUGCUUGUGACUCUCCUGAGAAGUAUCCCCAGCUCUUCCAUGUGAUACUGGAUGUGGAGGUGGAGGGGGUGGACAAGCAGAAAGACCUGACACCACCGUGGGAGCAGUUCCCCUGUAAAGACCUUAGUCCCAAUGUGCUCUUCUCCUGCCAUCAGGAGCAUCAGGAUGCACUGGCUGUUGCUGAGCCAAGCCGUCCCCACGGAGGUCCAGACGGUCGGGGCCAUGGUGAGGAGAGUGAGCCCUCGGACGACGAGAUGCUCUCUCUCUCCAGCCAGCGAAGCAAUGCCAACACAGCCCCCCAAAAACCUGACCCCCCUGUUCCGAUGCCUGACGCCCCUGCACCCGCUGAAGAAGUGGAUCUUCUUGGCCUUGACGGGGAGGACGUCAGUCGUCCCACACCUCAGCCCCCAUCCGCUGCCGCCACAACCACUGACCUCCUAGGGGACUUGUUCGGGGGCCCACCCCAGCCAACCAGUGGGGCGUCAUCUGCCCAGUCCACACCACAUAAAGUAGUCCCAAACACUGCCUCGCCAUGUCCCUCCCCUGCACCAACCGCAUUCGAUCCCUUUGGGACCGGUCCCAUGCCCAAAUCUCAGGAUGUGAUGGGUUCAUUCCUUGGACCAGGUAACGUGGGGCAGCCAGACCCCUUCCUGCAUGCUGCUCGCUCUCCAUCACCCACCCUGCAGCCUACAAGCUUGGGCCGGAGUUCCCCUGUGCCGCCCAACACCCCAACCGUCAACAUUCAGCAGCAAAAUGCAAAGGGAGGGUGGGACUGGAACAGACCUGCUACUACAAGCACAGGAGGAGGCCUCGGUAUGGGCAGUCGAUCAGCCACUACAAGUCCCACAGGCUCCGUCCACAGCACCCCCACCCACCAAACCAAGCCAAACACCCUGGACCCGUUUGCUGACAUAGGCAACCUUGGAGGUUCUGGCUUCUCCAGCAAACCGACCACUCCUACUGGGGCUGCCCCUACCUUCCCUCCCAUGGGCUCCCCAUCGCGACCUCCUCCAUCUCCACAGCACGGCUUCCCCUCGUGGCAGCCAGGUGCUGGAGGCGGUGGAGGAUGGCAACCCCAAGGACAGGGUCCCACCCCGCAGCCAAAGCCCAGCCCCAGCCACACCCCCAUGCCUCACACAUCGCCUCAGAACCGACCCAACUACAAUGUCAGCUUCUCUGCGAUGGGUGGGGGAUCACCCAGCGCAGGGGGCAAAGCACAGGCUGGCAUGGGUUCAAAGCCCAAAGCUUCGGCCGCCAACUUUGAUGACCUGCUGUCUGGUCAGGGCUUCACAGGGACCAAAGAAAAGAAAGGGCCCAGGACUAUAGCGGAGAUGAGGAAGGAGGAGAUGGCCAAAGAGAUGGACCCAGAGAAAAUAAAGAUUCUUGAAUGGAUCGAGGGGAAGGAGCGUAACAUCCGUGCUCUGCUGUCCACCAUGCAUACUGUGCUGUGGGAGGGGGAGACACGCUGGAAGCCUGUGGGCAUGGCUGACCUGGUUACUCCCGAACAAGUCAAGAAGGUCUACCGCAAAGCUGUUCUGGUCGUCCACCCAGAUAAGGCAACAGGACAGCCCUAUGAACAAUAUGCCAAGAUGAUUUUCAUGGAACUAAAUGACGCCUGGUCAGAAUUUGAAAGCCAAGGACAAAAACCCCUCUACUGAAUAAAUAACGAGAGGGAGUAAGCGAGGAGAGGACGCCCCUCCUGAUUCUGUCAUCUAAUCCUUAAAAAUGUGUCACCACUUCUGGUUAACAUACUCCAGCAGCACCCUACAACAUCUGCCUUUAUACCUGUGCUUUGACCCGUACUUCUCUUCUCACCUCACACAAACACAGAACCUCCAGUUGAUCUGCAAAGAUGGCAAGAGACGACAGAACAACAACAGUGUGACUGAACAAGCGACUGCCCGUAGCUCAAAUGUACGUACGUAUGUAUGUGGUGCAACAUUGUCCUUCCUUGUCGAGUGUCCUUAGCCCUGAAAUCAACCCACCAAUCAAAGCAGAGUCACCGGGACGUCUGGGAAAACAAAAGAAGCGCUUGAUUCAGAAGAGAACGGUCAAAAGAGUGAGAGACGCAGGACAUAAGAUAAGAGAAAAACACAUCAGGAAGUAAACUGAACAAGCAUUUCACAGACUGCUCUAAAUACGGGAUUCAGGGUGCCAGAUAGUCUGUAAGGCACAAAUAAGCAUUUAACAAGCAAUCAAGCCAUUUACCUACAAAACAUCCUGUUGUACUUUGUGGGAAAAAUUGGAUCCAGGAUCAGUUCUGUCAUAUCAAAUCCAUAGUUUUUCACACAAUUGAAUGUUCUUAGAAAUAUGGAAAAAAGCGGCAGUAUGUUUUUAGCUGGCAAACCUGUUUUCCAUCCAAAACAGGCUGUUUGGAUGUAUUAUUUAAUUUAGAAAUUGUUAUGAAAGAGAACGAAAGCAACUGCUAUUACCGCUUUUGACACUGAUUACAGGUUGGCUUCCUUCUCUAUUAGCCUUUUUGAUUUAGACUGCUGAGGAUAAUUUAAAGUGAAAAUCAAGGGCCUCUUUAAUAAAAACUGAGGUCAGAAGGCGGCUGCAUUUUCACUUCCCGACUUAAUAUUCAUAUGAUGGAUUGAAAAAGAGCUGUUUGUACUGUCGGAGAUGAUUGGUGUGUCUGAUGUAACCAAGCCUUGUGUGUUUCCAAGUUUGCAGGGAACUGAGGAUUGUAUACUGUAUUUUAAGAUUAGCACAUGUACAGUUCCAUACAUGAAGCACCUCGAGGCCUCAUGCACACUCACUCGUACAGUAACAUAUUUUUGCAAGGGAGCAAAAGCACAAACUUCACUUGGUGCAGCUUUGAAAGGAAAGCCAUUGUUAUUAUUUAUUCAUGCGUUCAUUUUUGUGUGUUUCAGAACUGCUGCAUUAUUUAUGACAUCUGCUCCUGUAUGUUAAGGACAUGUUUGGGAUUUUUGGGCCAUAAUGUUUAACUCGGGCAAGUUAGCAAAACAUAGGAAUAAUUUGUAAGACUAUGUCACAUUUUUUGUGUGUAACAUUUAAUAGUCUGCAUGUUUUCCACAGACAACAAAAGGGGCACUAAAACUUAAGUGCUGCUCAUGUAACUUUUCUUUUUGCCCCACAAACUUUCCCCAAUGCAGAAAGAGUCAUGGGUUGAUUUUAUAGGGGUGGAAAAUGUUCUGAGAAGAUGAUACUAAUGUACUUUACUGUAUUUGACUUCUUCAUACCUUAAAUUUCAAAUUUAAUUCAGACCUUGCAUAUAUCUGCUGUCAUUACAAUGAUUUUAUCAGAACUUUUACAGUGAUUGCAAUAUGUUUUUUUUUUUUUUUUAAGGGGAGACACCCCAGGUGAAAAGGGUAAAACUAAUUAACUAAUAGUUAUCACACACGCCGGGUUCAAAACUUGUUUUUUUAAAUGUUGUUGACGUAUUAAAGCCACAGGUUUUUAUCACCCCAUAUAUCAGAAAAUACCAUCAACAGUCAUAUGAAAUCUGUUAUUACUGUGUUUUUAGUUCUAUAAAUUAGGCAAAGAAGGAUAUAUGAACAAACCCCUCUGUAAAAACUUUCAGAAUAAAGAUAGGAAUAAAACUGGAAAGUUGGUAGAAAGUGAGGUACUACUGAUUUCUGGCCCAGAGUAUGAGAAAAAAAAACCUCUCCUCGAGAAAAUGGGCUUUACAGAAAUGUAUUAUAGAACUCCUGCACUUUUAGACAGAAAUCAAGACACCAGGGGAAACAUUUUAACUAGUUGAUAAUACCAUGAAACUUCCCCAGCUGAUUACUUGCAUUAAAAAAGUUUCUGAAAUUUCUGAAAGAAAUUUCAUUUCAUGUUUAGAUAUACAAACUAAGCAUUAUCUAAUUAAAUAUGCAAUUUUGCAUAUAUUUCUUGAACAGAAAUCUAGACAAAAAUAAACACCUAAAUGUGUAUUUUGGAUGUUUUGUUUCCACUAGUCUGAAGAGGACAUUUUAGAGGAGCAAAAUAGCCCCAGAUCUCAAAAGUUCAUGAAAAAAUUGUUUUUACCUAGGUUGUCUCGCCUUUACUUUAUGUUUACAUUUGUGAGACAUUUUUGUCAUAGCACUGACACUUUUAUUUAUAAUUAUCACGCAGCUUUUUGUCAGGGUGAGCAAAAUUACCACUAUUACAUAUCAACAGCAAGAUGCAACACACAUGACUGUACAUGUUAAGUAUAAUCCAGAACAAAUUUAAAUUCUCUCCAUAUAAUUCACUGUUAUGGUGGCUAAAGUGAUAGUUUCUCUGUAAAAUGGGACUCCUGACAUUGUCUUCUUGUGCAAAAGGUAUUUCAUAGUCCUGGGAUGAAGUCCAUGGACUAAUGACAAACAUAUGCAAAAUUAUUUACUUAAUGAAGUAUUAUUAGCAAACGGAAACUAAAGCAAUCCUUAAUUUCUUUAAGGGGUUUAAGGAUUUCAAAGGAUAUUAGCAGGAUCAUGUAAAGCAGAGUUAUUUUAUUCUGAUACUUGACCUCUGUUAUCAAACGUGUAUAAAGUCAAUUUACACACACACACACACACACACACACACACACA